AUGGCAUUUACAUUCGCCACCAUACUCCUCCUCGCACUGGUAGUGGUUGUGGCCACUGCCGAUUACUAUGUGCUGCCACAACCUUACGUUCCUAAACUGGUGAUUAAACCACCUAUCUCCUACACAUCACCGGUUAAGACUCCAUACUUGCCGAAACCAAAUCCUGACACCGCCAUCGAAGGUCUCAUCUUGUGCAAAUCUGGCUACAAAACCUACCCAAUCCAAGGGGCCAAGGUUAAGGUUGUAUGUCCUAUCGUGGACUCGUACGGAAAGCUAGUGGCUAAGGUUACAAUCUCGAGCUACCCAACGGACUUGAAGGGAUACUUCUACGUCAUCACGUACGGACUCUCCAACAAGGUGAAGAACAUCAAUGGCUGCAAAGUAAAGCUUGAGAGCUCUCCGGUUUCCACGUGUAAGAUUCCGACCAAUGUCAACAAAGGUGUCACCGGAGCUCCACUCUCUCCCGACAACUCCAAGUUCCUUAGCCACGACAACUUAAACAUAUAUACCCUUGAACCUUUCUAUUUCUCUACCCCCGUGGCUCCCAAACCGGUUUACUAG